AUGUUUUUUAAAAUGGUCGUAACGUAUUUUAUGUCAGCAAUUUGUCAAUUUGUAACACUGCAGAUCAUGUCCGACGAAGAUGAUUAUAUGUCAGAUAAAUUUCUUGAGAGUCUUCAACAAAAUGUCAGCAAAAGCUCUUCAAGUUUAAUUUAUAAACAAUCUGAGAAAAGACGGCUUGAAGUAGCCAAACGAAAAGCUGAACACGAUGCCAGGGCUAGAGAAAAAAAUAAAUCUUCACGAGUUAUGGAGAAAGAAUUGAGAGACAAACAAAUGUCUGAAGAAUUAACGUCUGAUAAUAAGGGUUUUGAAAUGUUAAUGAAGAUGGGCUACAAACCUGGUCAAGGUAUUGGAAAAAAUCUCCAUGGUUCUUCAGAACCGAUACCCAUAAAUAUAAAAUCUGAUAGAUCAGGCUUGGGUAAAAGUAACAACUCUAGUUUGAAUAAUAAAAAAAAAAUAAACCCGACCGCUAAGCUGGAGAGCAUGAAAACGGAGGACUUUCGCGAUAGAAUAGCGAUGAAAAAAUUACAACAGUUGCUGGAGAUCGAUUUAUUUAAAAGCCAAAAAGUGUGUGAACAGUUGGAUACCAAAAGUGGUAUCAACGAACCCGUUGAGUUAUGGUACUGGCCUAAAGUGGAGAAAGAGAAGAAAUCUGAUGAAGAAAAUGAAGAUGGAGAUGAAAAUAAAGAUGAUGAAGAUGAAGAUGAUAAUGAUACUGAUACUGACACUGAUGAAAUUCCUGCUGCGGAGAAAUUACAAAUAAUAAAUAAAUAUUUGAGGGAUAAAUAUUUUUACUGCAUUUGGUGUGGUACAGAUUAUAAUGAUGGCGAUGAUUUAGCUGAUAAUUGUCCUGGAGAUACGCGCACGCUCCUCCAAAAUGAAGAGGACUGUGAAACUCUUUUUUCAGAAGUUCAUUUAACCAAAGAUGAGUACGACAAUGACGGGGGACUUAUUAGAACCUGCAGUGAUGACGUAUCUGUUACUAAAUGCGAAGGAUAUUGCAAUUCACAAGUCCAACCGAGUGUCAUUUCAUCAACGGGCUUCUCCAAGGAGUGUUACUGCUGUCGUGAGAGCUACCUCAAAGAAAAAGUCGUCAAGCUCAACCAUUGUUACAACCCAGACGGUGAAAAACUAGAAACUGAUAAACUCGCGAGUAUGGAAAUAAAACUCCGGGAGCCAGCUGAUUGCAAAUGUUACAAAUGUACUGACUUUUUGCGUUAA